GAAUUAAAAGGGGGGAAAACAUGAAAAUGAAGGGUGAAUCAGAUUUGUUUUGAAACUGGGUUUGUGCAGCUCCAGCUUGCCUCGCUGGACUCGCCGUGGUCGUUAGCAGACGCACUUUCUCUUCAUUCAUCCGUAAAACCAAAACCCUGAACCCUACUCCUUUCUCUUUUACUCUCUCCCACACUCACUCCUCCAGUGUGAAAUCGGAAAAUGUUCUCCCCGGGAACGAGGAAAUCCAACUUGACGGCUAGAAAGGCCGGCCGCGUAAGGCCUGCUUCCGAUUCGCCGGUGACGCCUCUGGUCGAGAACCGGAGGUCGCACCUUGAUAACGCUGUUCCCAAUCGCCCCAGCACCGGCACCCCUGCUCCCUGGGCUUCUCGUCUUUCUGUUCUCGCCAGAAUCCCCCCUACAAAGAGGAGCGAAAAAGGGGAUGACACUGAUCUGGUAAAGCCUGUAUUUGUUGGAGAGUUUCCUCAAGUCUUACGUGAUCAGCAAGCUGUUGUGCUUCAAAAUUAUGCACCUGGUAGUGCAUCCAUGUCUGGUGGAAUGGACAAGGAAACUUUCUUGGCUUGGAUUAUCAGUGGAAGCAAACUCUUUAUCUGGAGUUACUUGGCUUCAGCUGCUUCUAGGAACUGUGUUGUUCUUGAACUUCCUUCUACUUUUUCUGGUAACGAUAAUGUAGGGAAACAAUCUUACAGUUCUGAUAACUGGUUAGUCAGUGUUGUCAGUUGGGAUAACAAGCAACAUACCAACAAAGUUGUCCAACGGUGCAGUUCUGCUGGUGUUAUUGCAUGUAAUCAGAAAAGUCGAACUCUUGUAUACUGGCCAGACAUAUUCUCUGAACCGAGGACUAGUCCAGUUAUUAGUUAUGCUGAUCCUGAGGAGGUGGAGUUGACCUUUUCUCCUGUAGAUGGUAAAGCCACACCAAAUAAAAUGUGGCAGCGCAAUAAGCUAGGGAGCAGUUCAACCUUAAAUUCCAUCAACUCUUUGAUUGCUUCUGCUAUCCCUGAGAACUGUCAGCAUCAUGCAUGCAUUGCCCUAGCUUGCAGUUCUAGUGGUGAGCUUUGGCAAUUUCUCUGCAGCCCCACUGGUAUCUGCCGCAAAAGGAUUUGUCAGAACAUAUCGCGAGGUGAUGAUGGUGGGCAUUUUGUUGGAGGCAGAGGAUAUCCAAGGUCAUUGGUUUGGCAUUUUCUGUCUCAUUCUUCUGGUAAACCUAAAAGACAAUUUCUUCUACUGACAGAUCAUGAAAUACAGUGUUUUUCAAUUGAACUUUCUCCUGAUCAUAUUGUUUCAAAGAUCUGGUCUCAUGAAAUUAUUAGCAGUGAUAGUGAUCUGGGCAUCCAAAAGGAUCUGGCUGGUCAGAAGCGUAUAUGGCCUCUGGAUCUGCAAAUUGACAAUGAGGGCAAGGUUAUUACUAUUCUUAUUGCUAUCUUUUGCAAGGAUCGCAUAACCAGUUCAAGCUACACUGAGUAUUCGCUUCUAACCAUGCAAUACAAAUCUGGGGUAGAUGUUUACUCAGAAUGUGUUCAGUCAACAAAUGAAAGGAUUUUGGAGAAACAAGCUCCCCCCCAAGUGAUAAUACCUAAAGCAAGAGUAGAAGAUGAAGAUUUUUUGUUUUCUAUGAGAUUGAAAAUUGGGGGCAAACCAGCUGGUUCAGUGAUUAUACUUUCUGGUGAUGGUACUGCAACUGUCUCACAUUACUGGGGAAACUCCACCAGGCUUUACCAAUUUGAUCUUCCGUAUGAUGCUGGAAAAGUUAUUGAUGCUUCAGUUUUCCCUUCUGAUGAUGAUGGGGAAGGAGCAUGGGCUGUUCUCACUGAGAAGGCUGGAGUUUGGGCCAUUCCUGAGAGGGCUGUUAAACUCGGUGCGGUUGAGCCACCUGAGAGAAGUUUGUCACGCAAAGGUAGCUCUAAUGAAAGGUCACCCCAGGAAGAAAAGAAAAGCUUAUCAUUUGCUGGAAAUAUUGCUCCAAGAAGGGCUAGCUCUGAAGCAUGGGAUGCUGGAGAUAGACAAAGGUCUAGUUUAAGUGGAAUUGCACGCCGAACGGCUCAAGAUGAAGAGUCAGAAGCUCUGCUAAAUCAGCUUUUUCAUGAUUUCCUCUCAUCUGGGCAGGUUGAUGGUGCAUUUGAUAAACUUAAACAUUCAGGGGCAUUUGAAAGAGAUGGGGAUACAAAUGUAUUUGUAAGGACAAGUAAAUCAAUUGUAGAUACCCUUGCUAAACAUUGGACAACAACACGAGGUGCUGAAAUUGUAGCUUUGUCUGUUGUGACCACACAACUAAUUGAGAAGGAGCAGAAACAUCAGCAGUUCCUUCAGUUCCUUGCUUUAUCAAAGUGCCAUGAGGAAUUAUGUUAUAAACAGAGACACUCCUUGCAAAUAAUCAUGGAACAUGGGGAAAAGCUUGCUGCAAUGAUCCAACUGAGGGAGCUCCAAAACACAAUUAGCCAGAACCGUGGAACUGGGUUUGGCUCUUAUUUGCAUUCUGAUAUGCAAGUCUCAGGCGCUCUUUGGGAUCUUAUUCAGUUAGUUGGUGAAAGAGCUCGUCGAAGAACUGUUCUUUUGAUGGACAGGGAUAAUGCUGAAGUAUUUUACAGUAAAGUGUCAGAUCUUGAAGAACUUUUUCAUUGCCUGGAGAGACAGUUAGAGUACAUUGUUAGUGAGGAGAUGACAUUUUCUGUUCAGAUUCAAAGAGCUUGUGAACUCUCUAAUGCAUGUGUGAUAUUAACUCGCACUGCCAUGAAUUACAGAAAUGAACAGCACCUAUGGUAUCCUUCACCUGAGGGUUUAAUGCCAUGGAAUUCUCAAGAAAAAGUACGUAACGGGCUUUGGAGCAUUGCAUCUCUCAUGCUUCAGCUGUCUAAGCAAAAAUAUCCAGUAGAUGAUGCUGUGAAAUUGAGUUUUUAUUCACAUCUCGAAAAACUCUCUGAUGUAUUACUAGAAGCAUAUUCUGGUGCAAUUACAGCAAGGAUUGAAUGUGGAGAAGGACAUAAAGGUUUAUUAGAUGAAUAUUGGAGCAGAAGAGAUGCACUCCUUAACAGCCUUUAUCAGCAAGUGAAGGAUUUUGUUGAAGGCAAAAACCAGGAUUCUGUGGAGGAAUUUAAGCAGGAUCAGGAAGAAACUUUUAGAAAGCUUUCCUCAGGCUUGUUCUCUAUUGCUAAAAGACACGAAGGCUAUCAAACCCUAUGGAAUAUUUGCAGUGACCUCAGUGAUCUAAAUCUUCUUAGAACUCUUAUGCAUGAGAGCAUGGGACCUACAGGGGGGUUUAGUUACUUUGUCUUCCAACAGUUGUAUGAUAACAAACAGUGGUCUAAGCUUAUGAGGCUUGGGGAGGAAUUUCAGGAAGAGCUAGCAAUUUUUCUAAAGCAGCACCAGGAUCUCCUUUGGCUUCAUGAAGUGUUUCUUCAUCAGUUUUCCUCUGCUACAGAAACCCUGCAUGUCUUGGCUCUCUCCCAAGAUGAUAGGUCAAUUUCAGAUAUGGAGACCUUCUCUUUUGCCACAAAUAAGAGAGCCUCCUUGUCAGACAGAAAGCGUUUUCUAAAUCUCUCAAAGAUAGCGGCAAUGGCAGGGAAAGAUGCAAAUUUCGAGACAAAGUUGAAGCGAAUUGACGCUGAUUUAAAAAUUCUUAACUUACAGGAAAUAAUCUUGGAACUGCUUCCAGAGGAUGAAGUGCAAAACAUUGGGCAGCGGCAGCUUCUUCCUCCAAUGGACCUAAUUGAACUGUGCCUCAAGAGUCAAACCCGGGAGCUUUCUUUGAGAGCUUUUGAUGUAUUUGCAUGGACAAGCUUCUCCUUUCUCAAAUCUAACACGAGUCUCUUGGAAGAGUGCUGGAGAAACGCUUCAAAUCAGGAUGAUUGGGAAAAGCUAUAUCAAGCCUCUGUAGCUGAGGGAUGGAGUGACGAGGAGACUCUAUCCAUUCUCCAAGACACCAUACUUUUCCAGGCUUCCAGCAGGUGUUACGGGCCCAAUGCAAUAACUUUCGAGGGCAGUUUCAACGAAGUGCUACCUCUGAGACAUGAAAGCUCCGAACUUCAAAACCUGAAAGGUACAGCUUCCUCCGUGGAAACAAUACUUAUGCAGCACAAGGAUUUCCCCGAUGCAGGCAAGUUAAUGCUGACUGCAAUCAUGCUCGGGAGUGUUCAGGGUGAUGCAAUAAUGGAGGACCCUUCCCCAAUGGAGUGAGCCUGCAAUUUUAUGGGGGGAGUGGGGGUUCUGUUCAUAGUAAUUUUGUACAACUAUGAUGAAAUUACGUGCACAAAUUUUGUUGUCUCAGCUGCUGGUUUAGUUUGCUUGAAGUAAUGAAUUACUCAAAUAGUCCCAAUACAAAGUGUCUAAACGUUUUCACA